CGGUAAGGCAAGAUCAUGUACACACACACACACAGAUUUUGAUUUUGGAGUUGACAUCAAUAUUAGUGAUGUUCAAAAUUGAAGGAAUAAAGCAACCAAAACAGACGUAAAAAUACUCAUGGAGAGCAAUACGGACGGUAUAGUACUUUGUGACAACCAGUUAUCAUUUAUUGGCCAAGAAGCCGAGACUGUGCCAGGAAUAAUAGGGAGGAAGUAUGGCAAACUGGUGACACGACUUGACCUGAGCUUCAAUAAUUUGAGGACUUUAAAUGGAAUCAAUAGCUUUGAACUGCUGGAGGAACUGAUUCUAGAUAACAAUCAGCUAGGAGAUGACCUUGAAAUACCACCUCUUCCUCAUCUCAAAACAUUAUCCAUGAACAAGAAUAAAUUAGUUAGUCUUGAAAAACUUUUGGAAGUUAUUUGUAAAAACCUUCCAAACUUGACGUUCCUUAGUAUGUUGGGUAAUACGGCUUGUCCAAAUGAACUCUCUGGUAAUGAUCAAGAUGAAGAGGAUUAUCAGCGAUACAGAUAUUAUGUCUUGUACAAGUUACCCAAGCUAAAAUUUCUUGACUCAAGACAAGUGAAGGAAGCAGAGAGACAAGAGGCUAAGAGAGUUGGUGUAUUCAUGAAGGUUGUAACCCCAACAUUAGACAAUAUGAAACCAGGUUUAUCUGCUGAUACAGAUUAUGAUGGCUUUAAGUACACUCCACUUCCAAACGACACAACUACUCCAGGAAAACAUCGUGGGACAUUUGGGGAAUGUCGUUAUGUAUACUAUGGCAAGCAUUCUGAAGGGAACAGGUUCAUAAGAAAUAACCACUUGUAACCUGGCAUUAAGUAUUUUAGUUCCAUUUUAGCACUUUUCAUGUUUCUGGUUUAUCCAAACAACUCCUAAUGUGACACAGCUUUUGCUAAAUAAUAAUUAGGCUUCGAUUGAUUAAGUUUAUCAAUUUAAAAAGUUGAGAAAAAGUCUAUUAAGAUUUGGCUGUUGUGUCAUAGCAUUGAGCACUUGCAACAGAGCUAGGUUCCAGCUCGGUAAAAGCUUGAAAACCAAUUAGAAUUUUGAGGAGGGAGGAAACUGGAGAAUUCAGAGAAAAUCUCUCGAAGCACAGAAGACUUUACUCACAUGACACCAUUCCUGGGAUUUGAACCUAGGAUGCAUGCACAUUAGCACCACACACCACUCGUGCUUCCAUCUUCUGACUACAUCAACUCUAAAUUCAUACUUUUUUUGAUAAAUGGAGGCCAGAUACCCAAGGUUUGAAAGUUGUCAAGGCCACCCAAACAAGAAACAGUAAAAAAAUAUAUUUAAUAACAGUUUAUGACUCCCAGAAAUCAGAGCUGUCGAUGAAUUAAUUGCCAUGCAGCCAGGUCAGUUAACGAAGGGCUAAAAAAACAUGGCUCCUAGUUCCAUAUAGCUUUGAGGUUUUUUCCUGGUUCGUCUAUGAUUCUUGAUUUUCUGUUGCAUUUACUGUUGUCAAAGGGGAUAUUCUUGACAUCGUUUUGUCAAAAUACAGGCCUUGCAUGAACUAUUAUUUUCCAGACUGUAAUUAGUGAGGUUUUAGCUAAUGUAACUCUUAGUUUUUGGUCAUCAAUGUUCGGUAAAUUACUUUAUUUCUAUUUAAAGAAAUGCAUUACACCAGUGAUGUCUGCAUGAAAUUAUAUUUAAUUUGAUAACAUUUUCCUAUUGAUUUGUAGUAAUUUUAAGAGCUGAGAGUCUCUUUCUGACUGUGAUAAAUCUGUACCAUGAGUAUAAAUACUAAAAGCGUGCAAUCUACAAAGCGUUGAAUUAUGCUAAUUCUAUUGUUUCCUUUUGUUUAUUUCGUGCUAAGAAGUUAAAGUAUUGCACGGUUUUAGUGUUUGUAUAAUUAUUCUAUUCAUUUUAUUUUGCACUUAAUUACUGGUACAUAACAGUGGAGUGCUGUAAUUUUUAGUACCACAUUAUCAGUGCUAGUUAUAUUGAUGGCGUUUCAUUGAUUUUGAUGUUUUCAUUGUAUUUUUCAAUAAAAUUGCUUCUGUUUUUAGAAAAAUAUGUGAAUAUUGUGACUUAUGCAUAAAUAGAUAAAUAAUAGGUCAAGCUAUAGAUUUUAAUUUUUAAAGUAGUUAUACAAUAAUAUUGAAAUAAAUUAGUUUUAUAUUU